GCGGCGCCUGCGCGGUGCCAAGGGCGAGAUGGCGGCGCUGCGGGCGCUGCGGGCGCUGGGGGGGCUGCGGGCACCCGCGGGGCUGCGGGCGGCGGCGGCGGCGCGGCUCGGGGUGGCCCCGGCCCGGGCCCGGCAGUGGCAGCCCGAUGUGGACUGGGCGCAGCAGUUCGCCGGUGCCAUCAUGUACCCGAGCAGGGAGACGGAGAAGUGGGUGCCGCCGCCCUGGGACGACAAAGACCCCCCGGCCCACAAGAAGGUCUCCAGCCUCACCAUCAAUUUCGGGCCCCAGCACCCGGCCGCCCACGGGGUCCUGCGCUUGGUGAUGGAGCUGAGCGGGGAGACGGUGAAGAAGUGCGACCCCCACGUCGGCCUGCUGCACCGAGGCACCGAGAAGCUCAUCGAGUACAAGACGUACCUCCAGGCCCUGCCCUAUUUCGACCGCCUCGACUACGUGUCCAUGAUGUGCAACGAGCAGGCCUACUCCCUGGCCGUGGAGAAGCUGCUCAACAUCCGCCCGCCCCUGAGGGCUCAGUGGAUCCGAGUCCUCUUCGCGGAGAUCACCCGGCUGCUCAACCACAUCAUGGCGGUCACCACGCACGCGCUGGACAUCGGAGCCAUGACCCCCUUCUUCUGGAUGUUUGAGGAGAGGGAGAAGAUGUUCGAGUUCUACGAGCGGGUCUCGGGGGCGCGGAUGCACGCCGCCUACAUCCGCCCCGGUGGGGUUCACCAGGACCUGCCCCUGGGGCUGAUGGACGACAUCUACGAGUUCGUCAAGAACUUCUCCACGCGGGUAGAUGAGGUGGAGGAGAUGCUGACCAACAACCGCAUCUGGAAGAACCGCACGGUCGACAUCGGGGUCAUAACGGCCGAGGAGGCGCUCAACUACGGCUUCAGCGGGGUGAUGCUGCGGGGCUCGGGGAUCCACUGGGAUCUGCGCAAGACCCAGCCCUACGACGUCUACGACCAGGUGGAGUUCGACGUCCCCAUCGGCUCCCGAGGGGACUGCUAUGACCGGUACCUGUGCCGCGUGGAGGAGAUGCGCCAGUCCCUCCGCAUCAUCCUGCAGUGCCUCAACAAGAUGCCCGAGGGGGAGAUCAAGGUGGACGACGCCAAAAUCUCCCCUCCCAAGCGGGCGGAGAUGAAGACCUCCAUGGAGUCCCUGAUCCAUCACUUCAAGCUCUACACCGAGGGCUACCAGGUGCCCCCCGGAGCCACCUACACGGCCGUCGAGGCCCCCAAGGGCGAGUUCGGCGUUUACCUCGUCUCGGACGGCAGCAGCCGCCCCUACCGCUGCAAGAUCAAGGCGCCCGGCUUCGCCCACCUGGCCGGCCUGGACAGGAUGUCGCAGGGCCACAUGCUGGCAGACGUCGUGGCCAUCAUCGGCACGCAGGACAUCGUCUUCGGAGAGGUGGACCGGUGAGGCGCUCAGCACCGUGCCUGGCCCCUGCUGCGUGUCCUGCUCCGUGCCCGGGCUGCCCCGGGCGCUCCCCCUGCGCCCCCCGUGCUGCCCCUCCCGAUUUGAGUCAAAUAAAGGCUAAAACAGG